AUGGUGGACUCGGAUGAAGAUUUCUCCUUGGGAGAGGAAGACAAAUACACAGAAUAUGACGGAUGCACUGAAAAGCAUGCACUGGAAGACAUUGGGCCAGAACACAAGGCAAAAUCGGUCCGGUUGAAGUCUCCAAAGUCGUCCAAUCAGACAAGGGGCCGGAUGCCAAGCACACUUGAGUGCACCAAUUUAGCGCGACAGUUCAAGGAAGACAUUCCAAUGGAGGAGGCAGCUGAUGAGGCAUUGGAAAUGGAGGAAGCUGAUGAUUAUGAUGCUUACAAAGCGGGAUUAGACGAAGGUAUACCUCCCGAAAAUUAUCCGGAUGAAAGCGGAGAGGAAAGCGAUGUAGAGGAUGUGUUUGGUGCGGCUAGCAAUGCUGAUCUCAAGGAGAACGGAGACAUUAAAGACACAGUGCAAGUUUAA